AGGCUUCACUCCCAUUUACUUCCGCAUUUGCUGAAAAGCCGUUAGACCAUUCCAAGGUAUUGCUCUUCCUGUAUCAGUGUAAACUGUUUAGUGGCUUCUUCUCGGUGUUAUCAUCACAAUGUCUGGAAGUCCUGCUGUGCUCAUGCGGCUGGUGGCCUCUGCCCACACUGUGGCUGAAAAGGCCGGGGCCAUUGUGAGGAAGGUCCUUCAGAGUGGAGAACUUGGCAUUGUGGAAAAGACUGGAGCUAAUGAUCUGCAGACACUGGCAGACAGACUAGCACAGCAGAGCAUUUGUGCAUCACUGUCCAGACGAUUCCCUAAAAUCACCAUCAUUGGAGAGGAGGACCUCCCAGCUGAGGAGAUAAAGGAAGAUCUCAUUGAGAGUGGCUUCUCAGAGGAAAUCCUUCAGAAGACAUGUCCAGAAGAAUAUAGAAGUCUCAAGGAGGAGGAGCUAGUUGUGUGGGUUGAUCCUCUCGAUGGCACAAAGGAAUAUACUGAAGGGCUCCUGGAUAAUGUAACGGUGCUUAUUGGUAUUGCAUAUGGAGGCAGAGCAAUUGUAGGUGUCAUCAACCAGCCUUUCUACAACUACGAGCUUGGAACAGGAGCAGCUUUAGGAAGAACCAUGUGGGGAAUGCCGGGACUGGGUGCCUUUGGAUUUCAGCUGCGGGAAGUUCCAGGUGACAGACGCAUUGUCACCACCACACGUUCGCACAGCAACAAGCUGGUAACGGACUGUGUAGACGCCAUGGAGCCUCAUGAGGUUGUACGAGUUGGUGGUGCUGGGAACAAGAUAAUCCAGCUUGUUGAAGGAAAGGCUUCUGCUUAUGUCUUCGCCAGCCCAGGGUGCAAGAAGUGGGACACCUGUGCUCCUGAAGCCAUUCUGCAUGCUGUUGGAGGUAAACUGACUGACAUGCAUGGCAAUGCAUACUGCUACGAUGCUAACGUCAAGCACAUGAAUUCGGCCGGCGUUCUUGCAACACUACGAAACCACGAGUACUAUGUUAGCAGAGUACCACAGUCAGUGCUGCAGGCCCUCAAGUCAGAAUGAUGUCUGUCUUCAUCAGAAAUCGCACUAAUAACAAGACGAUAUUCACAAUGCACACAAUCAUUCAGAGAUUUAACACUAAUAAUCUAUCCACGCAUGCAAGAACCUUCCUCUAUAUGUCUAUAUGUCAUCAAGUCAAAUAGGGUUGGACUACAUGCAAUUCAUCAGCAGGUCUGCUUCAUGGCGAUAUUGAUGAUGAAAUGCCUUGAAUUGCCAAGUAUUUAUUUUACUGGUUUAGUCAAAACACAUUCACAUCUUGAAUCUUGAAGAUAAAUAUUCAUUCAUCUUAACAAAUUGUGUAUUUUAACAGAAACCUGCCUUGAUUUUAACAGAUGAUGCUGUAAAUAAGUGAGUCUUUUCUUCACAUGUAAUCAGUGGGACUUCUAUGAAUGUUAAACUGACCUGAUUAACAAUUUAUUUUUGCACAGUCAUGUGAAUUUGUAAAAUGUAAUUGUUCCAAUUAAUUUGCCUUAAUAAAUACAUUGAAAGGCUCCAUGGUAAUACUUUCAAUGUCGUCCUUAAAGGGAAACUUGUUGCCGCCCAGAGCUCCCUGCUUAUGACAUUGCAACAAUACAAAGUCGAUACAAAUCAGUUGAAAAUCACCAAAGUUUGAGAAACUUGCUGACCACACUGGUCCCAAAGGUGAAGGACACUCUGACAUGAUGGUUCUUUUGUCAUACAUACUGUGACUUUUUAUAUGACAUUUUUUAUGACCUACUUUAUUAAUGGAUAUUA